AUGAAUCUUUACAAUCAAGAUCCGUCAGAUGAAGUUCUAGCUGAGAUUAUGGAGGUCCAAUUGAGGCUUAAUUUGGAAGCUGACAAAGAGGAAUUAUUUUGGGAGCAGCGUGCGCGAGUGAAUUGGCUAAAGAAUGGGGAUCGUAAUACCAGCUUUUUUCACAAGGUAGCUGUCCAACGUCACUAUCGUUGUAGAGUUUUUGAACUGGAAGAUGGAGUUGGAAGAAGUACUAAUUCCACUGAGGAGUUCCUCCAAAUAGCUACUGACUAUUUUGGUAAGCUUUUUACUGCUUCAGAGUCAGGCUCGAAUGAGCAUUUGCUUAGCUUAGUUGAGGAAAAAGUUACUUGUAGUAUGAACGAAAGGCUCUUAAGACAAUUCACGGAGGAGGACAUUGCAUGUGCAGGACAAGAGGAUUUGAGUGCUAUUAAUAAAACGCGCCUUAUCCUGAUUCCAAAGGUUGGAAAAUCGAGUAAUAUGACUCAUUUUAGGCCUAUCAGCCUUUGUAAUGUCAUUUACAAAAUUAUAGCAAAGGUAUUGGUAUUGAGGAUGAGCGAGAUACUGGGGACUUGUAUUAAUGAAGCUCAAGGGGCCUCUAUUCCAGGUAGGCUUAUCUCUGAUAAUGUGCUGAUUGCUUAUGAGAUACUUCAUUCCCUAAAAAUGAAGAAGAGAGGUAAGAAAGGUAAUUUUGCGCUUAAGCUUGAUAUGAGUAAAGUAAAUGAUCGUGUGGAAUGUGAUUUUUUGCCAGGUAUGAUGAGGCACCUGGGUUUUCAUGAGGAUUGGAUUGUUCUUAUCAUGUGUUGUGUAUGCUUUGUCACGUACUCUGUUAGUCUCAAUGGAGCUAGCGGGGAUUGGUUUACACCAUCGAGAGGACUCAGACAAGGAGACCCUCUCAGUUCUUAUUUAUUCUUGAUUUGUGUUGAAGGGUUUUCGCUGCUCAUUCAGGAAGCUAAAACUAAAGAGAUGAUGAUGGGGGCACCUAUAGGUAGAGAGAAGUUUUCGGUCAACCAUUUAUUUUUUGCAGAUGAUUGUGUUCUUUUUGGUGAUGCCUCUCGUGAAGGAGCAGAAGUAGUUCGGGCCAUUAUUCAUGAAUAUGAAAUGGUCUCAGGGCAAAGAGUGAAUUUUGAAAAAUCCCACAUUUAUUUCGGUGCAAAUGUCGACUCUAGUGUUCAGGAGGAUAUCGUUAAUCUAUUUGGGGUACGUCUCGCCUCAAAUCCUGAAAAGUAUCUUGGUUUGCCUUUGAUGGUGGGUAGAAGGAAAAAGUGGGCUUUUGCUCAUUUUGUGGACCGAUUCAGAAAACGGGUGGAGGGGUGGAGUAUGCGUUAUCUGUCUAUGGGGGCAAAGAGUGCGCGAGACCUGAUCAGUGAUGGAAUCUUGUGGCGUGUGGGUAAUGGUACAAGUAUCAACAUUUGGAAUGAUCCCUGGCUGCUUGGAAGGGAGAACAACAGAAUCCCGGUUAAUGAAAUUAAGCCUCAUUGGUCAACGGUGAAUCAGUUAAUGAAUGAAGUAGAUAGUACCUGGAAUAGAGAGUUGAUUCACAAUCUAGUGGAUGAUGUCACUGCUAAUCGAAUCUUUGCCAUUCCCAUAUCUGAAAGCCGACCAGAGGAUAUGGUGGUAUGGAAGUAUGAAGGCUCAGGUGAGUAUACUGUUAGGAGUGGGUAUCGAGUUCUCAUUACAGAUUAUUUACAGAGCAAUAUACACAUGUCUUCUACAAAUGAAGAAUAUAACAAUUUUUACAUAGAUCUAUGGGCUUUGCAUAUUCCAGAGAAAAUAAAAAUACAUGUCUGGAGAUUGUUCAAUAACAUGGUGCCUCACUAUGAGAACUUGGCAAGCCGAACGCUGUGUGAGGAGGCUGUGUGCCCACUGUGCAAGGAAGAUUUGGAAACUACAGAGCAUUUGUUGGGGUUUUGUAGGGUCCUUCAAACUAUAUGGACAUCGUUGCAGGUUCAAACCCCCCCUUUGGACGCUUCUCUGGAUUAUAAGGCUAAUUUUGUUAAAACAUAUCUUGAAGCAGAAGGUCGACAAAAAAGGUUUAUUGCUUUAUCUCUUUGGUGUUUAUGGUUUCACAGAAAUAAUUUGAUUCAUGAGGGGACUAAGUUCUCUGUGCCACACCUAUUGGGGUUUAUCAGGGGCUAUGAGCGAGAUCUAUGGCUUAUUCGUGAGAAUCUAUGUGUUUCUACUGCUUUUAUGAGAAAUGAAGUCUGGAGGCCUCCUGACUAUGGUUUAAUUAAAUUUAAUUUUUAUGCGUCGUUUAUUCCAGGAAAUAAUUUUGCGAUAAUUGCAAUCUUAGCCAGAAAUCACAAAGGGGAAGUUAUAGAAGCAGUCACUUAUCUGGUGGAAGAUGUGGACGACGCUUUCGUGGCGGAAGCACGUGCUUGUAAAAGAGCGCUGAUCCUCGCAAAAUUGAAGGGCUUUUGA